GGUAACACUGUCCGCAUAUUUAAUAAAUAACUAGAGCAAAAUUGAUCAGCAGGAAAACUAUUACAAUUUUUGAAAGGAAUCUUUGGACUAAGAAAAUGUCCUUGAAUUAUGAGGAGAUGUGUUGGAAAGAUGUGCGUGAUUAUUUUCGCAAAUGGCGAGAAGAUAAUGAACGCCGAAGUGAUGACGUUAUCCAGCUGUGGGAAGCAGUUCUUGAAGAUAAGGUGAUAAAAACUGGUAAUGAGAAAAAUUUGAUUUUGGAACAAGUUAUUGUUGCUGCUUUGGAUACUGCCCGUUUCGAUAUUGCUGGGAAAUGCAUAAAAGAGCUCAGUUCCGAAUUCCCCGGAAGCCUUCGAGUUAUGAAAUUUAAGGCUAUGCGUUUGGAAGCAAUGGAACGCUAUAAUGAUGCACUAGAAGUUCUAGACGCUAUUAUUGCCAAAGAUGAAACUAAUGCAGCACCCAGAAAACGAAAGGUAGCUAUAUUAAAAGCGAAGGGCCGACGGAUCGAGGCAAUAAAGGAGUUAAAUGAAUAUUUAAAGAAAUUUAUGUCAGAUCAAGAGGCCUGGCAGGAAUUAUGCAAUUUGUAUUUGGCGGAAGGUGAUUAUGCGAAAGCAGCCUUUUGUAUGGAAGAAGUUUUACUGCACAAUCCUCAUAGUCAUCUAAUACAUCAAAGACUGGCGGAAAUACGUUACACUAUGGGAGGUAUGGACAACAUAGAACUUGCGCGAACAUAUUUUUCACAAGCCAUUAAACUUAAUCCUAAGAACCUGAGAGCUUUGUACGGAUUUUAUUUGUGCUGCACUAUGAUUGCCAAUUCUCGCGCGGUGGGUACAAAACGUAAGGAAGCUCAAAAAAUGGCACAAUGGGCUCUGAACCAAACUAGUGUCCUCACAGCGAAACGAUCAACCAUAGAAAACAAUGAGGAACUCAUUGAUGCUUUGGAAGGUGCAUUUGCAAAUUUGGACGUCAAAUCAAUGUAAUAAAUAGAAAAACCAAAGCAUUUAGUUACAAUGUCAUAAGUUUUUAAAAUUAUAUUUAUUAAUUUAAGUCUUUAAUAUGGAAA